CUUUCAAGGUGUUUCAGUAUUUGAUCCUCAUAUAUAUUUACUUUCUGUUGGUAUGACAUAUCGUAUUUUCAGGCCUACGACGACUACGCGCCAUGUCUAUGAUGUUGCUGCUCAGCAUGUUGUUAAGGUGCUAUGGGAGGGAUCAAUGAACAUGUUAUCUUUGAGUUGCCAAACUGUAUCUAAUGCAAAUGUUGUUGGUUUAGCUCUUGCUGAGAAGCAUUUGGCUGCUAGAUUUAACAAACCUGACAAAAAUGAGAUUGUUGACCACUACACUGGAUUCUCAGAGUAUGUGGAGUCUGGUGCUGAACCACUUUAUCAGACGCUGUGCAGCGAGAUUACAACGGAGUUCAGUGAAUGUUCCAAACAAGUGCGAGAAAUGGAAUCUCAGUUUCUGAAUCCACAAGUUGGAAGAUCUGAUCUUGCUAAACUGCUCAGCGACAUUCAAACUCAAGAGAAGCAGAAAUUGCAUAUGGUGCUGAAGAAGGCAGGGAAACCGUCAGAACGAAUGCUGACACAUGCGAACUGCAAAUUCAAGAAACCAAUGCAGCACGAGUGUGUGCAUCUUCAUGAGAUUACUGAAGCUGAAGGAACAGAGGAAGCAGAAGCGGAUGCAGAGUUUGAUAACGCUUUAAAGGAGGCCAUUAGAACAUGUGUUUGAUACUACUGCAUCGAACCAAAAAAAAAAAUCAGUUUCUUUCAAUACUUGUUUGUUGCAUGCAAUUUCACACGCCUGAACAAUUACAAAACAAAACUCUACACACCUUUGCCCACAAAAAUUAAAUAAAUUAUUGGCAUUUUG